AUGCCAGCGGGUAGUUUCAACCUUCGACUCAUGGUUCAUACUCUAGCUUUGAGUGGUUUGAUCUUACUCGCUAAUUUUUGUUUCAUCUUGGCUUUAUUGAUCAAACCUUUUUCAGAGGAUAAAAGUUGGUCUGUGGCUUGUUGGACAGCGGAUUGGUUCUGGUCGUAUAUGCAGAAUCAUUGGGAAACCACACUUCAUGCCAAUGAAGCUUUGACAAUAACGGGUGAUGAAAUUCCAAAAGGGGAGAGUGCGGUGGUUAUCUCUAACCACCUCGGUUAUGCAGAUUAUUACCUUGUCCAAGCUCUCGCUACCCGUGCGGAAAUGUUAGGUCGUUGUCGUUAUUUCGUAAAGAAACAAGUGGUUUGGCAAUUACCCAUCUUUGGAUUUUCUUUCUGGGCAAUUGGGAUGAUCCUCGUUUCGAGGAAUUGGACUUCGGAUGAGGGGUUGAUUGACCAAGCAUUCUCUCGUGUCAAACAAAAUAAACAUAAAACUUGGAUCGUCCUUUACCCAGAAGGUACAAGACGUACCACUGAAAAAGUAUUACAAUCACAAGCUUUCGCAAGAUCUCAAGGUAAGAAAGAGUUAGAAAGGGUAUUAUUCCCUCGGACUAAAGGUUUCGCUGCUACUAUAAUGGGUCUCCGGGAUUCCCACAUAUCUCACAUAUACGACCUAACGUUUCUUUACACUUCUGAACAAGGACAACACCGAGAACGUGUACCAAGUUUAGCAGAACAAUUAUCUUCUUCUAAUCUUGCCAGAGACGGUUAUCACUUUCAUAUAAAUGUCCGACGAAUACCUAUUUCGGAUUUACCGGAAGAUGAAGCUGGUUUGAAGAGAUGGUGUGAAGAAGCGUGGGAGAGGAAAGAUGAGUUGUUGAAAGAUAUUUUAUCUAUCUCGACUUUGAACAAAACCAUCAAGUGA